ACAACAUGUUCCUGCUCUGGUGUGUGCUGUGUGUAUCUUCACUGCAUGGAGUCUUGUCACAGGUUCAGCUCGUUCAACCCUCCUCAGAAAUCAGGAAACCUGGAGAAAGUGUGAAGAUUUCCUGUAAGACUUCUGGAUUCACAUUCACAUCCUACUAUAUGCACUGGAUUCAACAGGUCCCUGGAAAUGGAUUGAAAUGGAUUGGAAGGAUUGACCCUGAGGAUGGGGAAACAAUAUAUUCCUCAUCAUUUGAAGGAAGAUUCACAAUGACAACAGACAAUUCCAUUACUACAGCCUAUCUCCAGAUAGACCGCCUGAGUAUGGAAGAUUCAGCCACAUAUUACUGUGCAAGAGACACAAUGAUAAAAAGGGGAGAUCUGUCAUACAAAAACAUAGAAGCAAUAUCAUCAUCUCACCACUUGGGGCAGCAAAUAGCCACAGUUUCAUGUUUCAGGGGUUGCAGAUUAGGGUCAUUGAGGGUUAAUCCCUGGGGAUCCUCCUUAGACAGGAUGGGGGCGGUGCAGGAAAUCCUGAAGGUCACAUAUACCUCCUCUCUGUCCUGGUCACUUCCUCUUGCAAGUGGAAGCAGAUUGGUAUGUACAUACCCCUUUGCUCUGUCCACACCAGGAGUCCACAGGUGGUUCUGCCCUUUUGGCUGCUUCCUGGUGAGUUACAUGAGGAGGGGAGGGUUAGCUGUGCUCUGUUAGAGCAGCCUGAGCUCUACCCUGCCGUCCUCCUCCCCUGUGCCUGCUUCUGGGGCUUUGUGGAGCUGCUGCUGCGGUAUGCAUGCGGCUCCAGCGCUUCAGCGAAGGUCCGGCGGUCUGCUCGC